AUAUCCUCAAAAAUCUUUCUGAAAAUUUGAACGAUCCGUCUCUGUCUCGGCCGAAUCGACUCAAAAUCCCUCUCACCCCCUCUUAUUGGAUUCCAAGCAGCUGUUCGCGUCUCGUUUGUCACGAUAAACAUAUCCGUCGCGUAAAGGCCAUCGAGAGAGCCUCUCCUUCUACCGACCUUCUUCUCCUUCUCCUCACUCUCUCCUACUUGGGGUCCCCCGUGGCACACAGGUGUACUGGACGGCGUUCCUCGGCCUCCAUACGCUUUCAGUUAACGCCUGGUCGUCGCUAGGUAUGCUCUCGGAUCCCUCGUGGAUACCGCCAGUUUGCCUGCGAUCCGUUCUACCUGGCUUCGUGACCUGGCUUCGCCUCGAUCAUCUCGAUCAUCCUCGCGUCGAUAUCCCUUUUUCUUUCUUUCUUUCUUUCUUUCUUUCUUUCUCUCUUUUUCCUUUUUCUUCUCUCAGUGGAACUCGGUGGUUUUGUGAGUGAUUGGAGGAGGAGGAAGAGAAGGAACGUGGGAGAAACUUUUAUGUUUAUUUAUGAAGCUAAGUGGGUGGCUGCCUCGUGGGAGUUUGACUCAUCGGUGUAUUCUUUUUUUGGAUCACCCGAGCCACCGAGGCGUGAGUGUCUACGCGAGUAACAGUUUUCCGACUCGGUUCCUAAAACUUUCACGGUUAUUCGCCCGGGCCCGACAACUUCGUGAGAGAUUGUCUUCUCGUAUAUAGAGAACGAAAGCUGAUGAAUAGCGAACGGAAGUCGAUCGUCUCGUCGGAUCGGAAGCUGUGAACCUAGAACGUUCCCACGAUUCUCACCAAGGAUAUACCGUAUAAUAAUUAGUGCGAGAAGACAAUAAAUUUCCAUUCGAACAAAAAUCGAUCGAUCAGUGUGUGAUCUUCGAUGAAACCAGAGCUUGGUGAAACGAUGCGGUGAUACCCGAGGAGCCCCGCUUCAACACCCGUACAUAUCAAUUCAUAUCUCUGCCCGAUAAACAUCGCCAAACAUCAAUCGACCAAUCAAACGAAGCAUAUCGAAACGCAAUGAAGACCCAACGAUGAUCGAAUCGCGGCCAAGGCAUAUCAGGCGUCGAUCAAGCGUGAUCGGCCAGACUGUUCAACCCACUCUAUCCUAACCAGAGACCUGUCCAUAAACCUUGCACCACCCCCCGGUCGACGACACCAAUUGAAUCAACCUUGGUCCAACCGCCUCUCCCUCCCCCUCCCCCCUCCUCCCCUCCACCACGUCCCAUAUCACCACGCCCAAUCGGAAAUCAACGGAGAGAAGCAAAUAGAAGGAAGGAUGUUGCUGAGGUAACGCGGCCUCUCGAGCCGGGGUUAAGAAUCGAUCGUUAAAUCGAAACCGUGCUCGAACAACGAAGGGGAUACCAGGUGGCGGAUUGCAUAGUGGAUUCGCGUAGGGGAGAGAGAUCCAGAGUGAAGGAUGGGUUUCCCCAGGAGGAGAUCCCUGUGGUUGAAGGUGGCCAUCCUGGCCACCGCGGUUUGGGCGACCGUGUGCUUCCUCUUGUACACGGAGGACCGUGCCAACGCGGCUGUUCAAGGGUUGGCGCCGUCAGGCGUCGCGGCCCCCCAAAUGGCCAACGGUUUCGUGCCCGCAGCCGCGCCUCUUAGAAAGGAGACGCCGCAACCGAAGCCAAAGGUGAUUCAACCUGGACCCGAGCAAGGUGCUGGUGUGCUUGUUGCUCCCCGUGAACCAGAUGCAAGCGCACCUGGCGAGAUGGGAAGGCCAGUGAUUCUGCCAACGAAUUUGACUGCCGAAACUAAAAAACUUGUUGACGAUGGAUGGCUAAACAACGCGUUCAAUCAGUACGUUAGCGAUCUGAUUUCUGUUCAUAGAACACUGCCCGACCCUCGUGAUCCAUGGUGUAAAGAACCAGGAAGGUACCUGACAGAUCUUCCUCCAACAGCGGUGAUAAUUUGUUUUCAUAACGAAGCAUGGUCGGUGUUGCUGAGGACGGUCCAUUCUGUGCUGGACAGAUCACCAGACCACCUUAUACAGGAGAUCAUCCUGGUCGAUGAUUUCUCCGACAUGCCGCAUCUCCAGCGUCAAUUGGAGGACUACAUGAUGAACUACCCGAAAGUGCAGAUCAUUAGGGCGCAAAAACGGGAAGGUCUUAUCAGAGCUCGUUUACUGGGCGCUGCAGCCGCGAAGGCCCCUGUCCUCACAUAUUUGGACAGCCAUUGCGAGUGCACCGAGGGUUGGCUCGAGCCCCUUCUCGAUCGGAUCGCUCGUAAUCCAACGACAGUCGUUUGCCCCGUGAUCGAUGUGAUCGACGAUACAACGCUGGAAUAUCAUUGGAGAGAUUCCGGCGGUGUGAACGUGGGUGGAUUCGAUUGGAAUCUGCAGUUCAAUUGGCACGCUGUUCCGGAGAGGGAGAAGAAGAGGCACAAGAAUCCAGCGGAGCCUGUGUGGUCACCAACGAUGGCUGGAGGCCUUUUCUCGAUAGAUCGAGCUUUCUUUGAACGUCUCGGCACGUACGACAGCGGGUUUGAUAUUUGGGGUGGCGAAAAUCUCGAGCUCUCCUUCAAAACGUGGAUGUGCGGAGGCACCCUGGAAAUCGUGCCCUGCUCACACGUGGGACACAUCUUCCGGAAACGGUCGCCGUACAAGUGGCGGAGCGGCGUGAACGUGCUCAAGAGGAACAGCAUAAGGUUGAGCGAGGUGUGGUUGGACGAGUAUGCCAAGUACUACUACCAGAGGAUAGGUCACGACAAGGGCAAAUACGGGGACGUAUCGGAGAGGAAGGCGUUGAGGAAGAGGCUCGGGUGCAAAUCGUUCAAGUGGUACCUGGACAACGUCUAUCCGGAGCUGUUCAUACCUGGCGAGGCGGUGGCUUCCGGCGAGGUUCGUAAUCUUGGAGAAGGAGGUAACACCUGUCUGGAUUCACCUGCACGCAAGGCAGACUUGCACAAGCCUGCCGGCCUCUACCCCUGCCAUCGACAGGGUGGGAAUCAGUACUGGAUGUUGAGCAAGACCGGUGAGAUCCGUCGAGACGAGUCGUGCUUGGAUUACAGCGGCACCGAUGUCAUCCUCUAUCCUUGUCACGGUAGCAAGGGGAAUCAACAAUGGAUUUAUAAUCCUCAGACGAAGCAGAUCAGACACGGAAGCAGCGACAAGUGUCUGGCAAUAACGGAGAGCAAGCAACGGUUGAUCAUGGAGGAGUGUUCAUCCUCGGCAGCGAGACAAAGGUGGUCAUUCGAGAACUACGACCCAUCGAAGCUGUGAUAUCGCGCUUUUUCGCGUCACCAGUCGAAAAACAUCGCACGAAGAUACAAUCGCACCGGCACUUGGGUAUCUGUUCAACGUUACUCCAUCGCCAAGACGCGUUUCGGUAGAUAGAUGGCGUGGUAUCGAGGCAUGGAAGCCUCGAAACGCCAUCUGUCGGACGCUCGAGAUCGACUGGAAGACGAGAGAGUGAAAGAGAGCUGGUCGAGGAAAGUUUCGAGAGAGAGCAUCGAACGAGGAAGAGAGACGUUCGAAUGGCCGAUAUUUGGCUGUAAUCUCGAACUGUUGGAUGGACGUAGUGCAAUAGAAACGUCGUUUCAAGGGUGAUCGAGGAGAGAUAUGAUACCCUUGGAUAAGCUGUGACCAGUGUACAAUGACACUUGGAGAGUGAUCGAGGAAGACGCUUUCGCUGGCAUUGAAGAAUUGAGGAUUUUACGAGAAGCAAAGGACUUGUUUAGACUUUUUAAUCUUUAUUUCUGCUUUUGGGUAGUGUUUCAAUGGGACUCGUAUCUUUUUCCUUUCUCUUUUUUCUCAAUUUCGGUUGGGACACGUGUUGAUGAUUGCUGUUCUGAGAUGUCGCUUGUAAUUAUUUAAAUAGUCUCAAUUUUCUUGGUUAUUUGAGUGAUUUAAUGUGGAAAUUGUGAUUUAAAUGUGAGAUGGAUUAAUAUUUAACUUUAAAAAAAA